AUGGAUUCUGCCUUGCCUUCUGGGGACGUUCCUGAGGAGAGGUUCAAGACCUCCGCAACUGAGGAGAGGGCUCCUGAAGGGGGGAUGGAGGUUGCCCCUGUUACUGAGGGAGUGGAGCCCAGACCAGCUGACGAUAAGGGCGCUGCAGAGAGGGUCGGGAGCAAGCGUCCUCCUCCUUCUGAAGUGCCUGCCCCGGCUCCUGUCCCCAAGAGGUCUCAGGCCUCUAGAAGACCAGCUCCAGCUCUGCCUCCUCUCGAGAAGAAGAAGGAGACUUCUGUGGUGCCUCUAUUGUCUGCUCUCGACAACGACAUUUUGAACGCGGAGGAUAUCACUCAUCAAUCUCCGGCGAGCGUUGUUGUAGAAAUCUUACGGGAGCGGAUGUUUGGCGGGGUCACAGAAGCUUCAGAUCCUCGUCUGCUUGCUCUCACUGGCCUUUUGGCGACUGAUGGGCCUCUUUAUGGAGCUCAGGAGCAUCUGAAGACCCUUAGGAGGGAGCUGGCCCAUACUAAGGAGGCUCUGGAGGGGGCUGAUAAGAGGGAAGCUGCUGCGGAGGCCCGCCGUGAUGAGGUCUUGGAGCAGCUGUCCUCCUUAGAGGAAGCUCAGAGGGAGAGGGAUGAGGCCCAGCACCAGCACGAGUCGUUGAAGGCAGAUUUCGAUGCCGUGUUGGCUCAGAAGGAUGAAGCCCUAGCUCGGGUUGUGGUCCUCGAGCAGGAGCUAAGCAAACAAAGCAUGCAGAUCAAAGACUUGACCUUGCCAGCAGAGGAGUCUAAACUUCAGAAUCAACAACUCUGCCAAGCAGUCAAAGUGUUGGAGAAUAGGGUUCAGCUGGAGUGUGAGGAGCGACUGAGGGAGUACAAGGAGUCGACCGAACUGAAAAAGGAGAUCGAGCAGGCCUGUGAAGCUCGUCUUCAAGAUUACAAAGACUCUUCUGAGUUAAAAGCAAAGAUAGCUGAGGCUUGCGAGGAGCGACUUGCGGAGUUCAAGGCCUCUGACGAGAUGAAGAAUGCAAUAUGGCACAAGGGCUUCUGCAUGUUCAUCUCCGGUUUCAAUCGAGGCUUGAGGGAAGCCAGAUAUGCCCCUUCCACCCCGCUAGCUGAACUCUGA